AUGUCUGACGCCCCACCGAUCGAACUCGUUGAUGUCUGUCAGUUGGCAUCCUUGGGUAUCAAUCCUCAGUCCUUCAAUUUCUUGAGUACUACACUGGAAUCCGAUCAUUAUGUAUGCUGUCGUGAGACAAGUGAUGCAGGCAAUGCUGCCGUGAUUGUUGAUUUGAAGAACAACAACCAGGUUACCAAAAAGUCAAUGUCUGCUGAUUCAGUUAUUAUGCACCCAAAUUCCAUGGUCAUUUCAUUACGUGCAAAUGAUAAAACUAUUCAAAUCUUCAAUAUGGAAACAAAACAGAGAUUAAAAUCAAAUGAAAUGAAUGAAAGAAUCGUUUUCUGGAAAUGGUUGAGUGAUCAAGUAUUAGGUCUGGUCACCUUGAAUUCUAUUUAUACAUGGAAUGUAUUUGACGGCACCGAUGCAGGACCAAUAUUGUUGACAUCAAGACAUGUGUCACUAAAUGAUUGCCAAAUCACUCAGUUUGCUGCUAAUAAAUCACUGAAUUGGUUUGCAAUCGGUGGUAUAGCUCAGGAAAAUGGUAGAAUCGUUGGUCAUAUACAACUCUUUUCUAAGGACAGGAACAUUUCCCAACCGAUUGAGGGUCACGUUGCUAACUUCACCCAGCUAAAAUUACAAGGCUCUUCCAUUGAGACUCAAUUAUUUGCAUUUGCUACUAGAAAUGAAAAUGGUGGUACGUUGCAUAUUAACGAAAUUGAUCACCAGGAAGGGGCACCUGUCAUUACCAAGAAAAACGUUGAUAUUUUUUUUCCAAGCGAAGUUCCAAAUGAUUUCCCUGUUGCUAUUCAACUAUCUUCUAAAUACGGAAUUGCUUAUAUUUUGACUAAAUUUGGUUUCAUUCACUUGUACGAUGUUGAAACCGGGAAGAAAAUUUUUUUGAAUAGGAUUUCAUCAGAUCCUGUUUUUACUGGUGCUCCAUUUGAUAAUAAUGGUGGAAUUAUCACAAUCAACAGAUCCGGUUCAGUUUUAGCUGUUGAAAUCUCCACUGAUAGGAUUAUUCCUUACAUUCUAAAUAAUUUGGGUGAUGUUGAAUUAGCUUUGAGCUUGGCAUCGAGAGGUAACUUACCAGGUGCUGAAAAUUUAUUCUCUCAUCAGUUCAAUCAAUCAAUUGCAACUGGUGACUAUACAUCUGCUGUUAGAAUCGCAGCCUCUUCUUCUCAAUUGAGAACACCUGACACUAUAGCCAAAUUGAAAAGCUUGCCAACUCAACAGGGUCAACCUGCUCCAUUUUUACAAUAUUUGGUUUUCUUAUUAGACAGGGGCACUUUGAAUAAGUUUGAAACCUUGGAAUUGGUCAAACCCUUAGUUCAACAGAAUAGAAUUGAAACGUUAGAGAAGUAUUUAAAGGAAAAUAAACUGGAAUGCUCUGAAGAAUUGGGUGAUCUAAUCAAGCCGGCAAAUAUUACUUUGGCGUUGGCUGUUUACUACAAAUCCAAUGUUCCAAACAAAGUUGUUCAAUGUUUGGCGGAGCUAGGCCAAUUUGAUAAGAUAUUGCCAUUUUGUGAAAAGGUGUCAUACACCCCUAAUUUCACAGUUUUGAUCCAAAACAUCUUAAGGGUUAAUCCAGAUAAAGCAGCAGAAUUUGCUGUUUCCCUACUACAAUCUCAACCAGAUUUGAAUGUCCAACAGAUUGCGGAUAUUUUCUUUUCCCAAAACUACAUCCAACAGGCUACUGCUUUCUUAUUAGACGCUCUAAAGGAAGAUAAACCUGCUGAUGGCCAAUUACAAACAAAGUUACUAGAGGUUAAUUUGCUACACGCACCACAAGUCGCUGAUGCUAUUCUAGGUAAUUCUAUGUUUACGCACUAUGAUAGGCCAACAAUUGCAGCUCUAUGUGAAAAGGCUGGCUUAUACCAAAGGGCUUUAGAGCUAUAUGAUAAUAUCAAGGACAUCAAACGGGUCAUUGUCCAUGCCAACGAGUUGCCUGCCGAUUGGUUAGUUUCUUAUUUUGGUAAUUUAAAAGUUGAUCAGUCUGUUUCUUGUUUAAGAGAAAUGCUGUCCAAUAAUUUAGCUCAAAAUUUACAAGUGGCCAUUCAAAUUGCCACUAGAUAUUCUGAAUUGAUUGGGCCUGUGACUUUAAUUAAGGUUUUUGAAGAUUACAAAUCAACUGAAGGUUUGUAUUAUUAUUUAUCGUCUAUUGUUAAUGUCACCCAAGAACCAGAGGUUGUGCUGAAAUAUAUCCAAUGUGCUGCAAAGUUGGGCCAAAUUAAAGAAAUCGAAAGAGUCGUUAGAGAUAACAAUGUCUACGACGGUGAAAAAGUUAAGAAUUUCUUGAAAGAGGCUCAAUUACAGGAUCAGUUACCUUUAAUUGUUGUUUGUGAUAGAUACGAUUUUGUGCAUGACUUGAUUCUUUACCUUUACAAGAAUAAGUUUUUCAAAUUCAUUGAAGUGUAUGUUCAGCAGGUCAACCCUUCAAAAACUCCUCAAGUUGUUGCCGCUUUGUUAGACGUGGAUUGUGAUGAAAACAUCAUUAAAUCAUUAUUGAAGUCAGUUCUUGGCCAAGUUCCAAUUGCAGAGUUAUGCGAAGAAGUUGAAAAAAGAAAUAGAUUAAAGAUUUUGUUACCAUUUUUGGAAGACACCUUAGCUUCAGGGUCUCAAGAUAAAGCAGUAUACGACACUUUGGCGAAGAUUUAUAUUGAUUCUAACAAUAAUCCUGAAAAGUUCCUGAAGGAAAAUGAUCAAUAUGAUACUUUGGUGGUCGGUAAAUAUUGUGAAAAGAGAGAUCCUUUCCUUGCCUACAUUGCGUACGACAAAGGUUUGAAUGAUGAUGAGUUAAUAAACAUUACCAAUGAAAAUUCUAUGUUUAAAUACCAAGCUAGAUACUUAUUGAAGAGAUCCGACCUAUCACUUUGGGGCAAAGUUUUGACUCCAGAUAACAUUUAUAAGAAACAGCUAGUCGAUCAAGUUGUUGGUACCGCAAUACCGGAAUUAGAAGAUCCUCAGCCAAUUUCUAUUGCAGUGAAGGCAUUCAUGGAUAACCAAUUGCAAAGUGAAUUGAUUGAUUUAUUAGAGAAAAUUGUGCUCGAGCCUUCACCAUUCAAUGAUAAUCCAUCCUUGCAGGCAUUAUUGAUUUUGACUGCUGUCAAAGUUGACCCAUCACGCAUUUCUAACUAUAUUGAAAAGAUGGAUGCUUAUAAUCCAGAUGAAGUUGCACCAAUUUGUAUCGAGAAUCAACUAUACGAGGAAGCUUUCCAAAUUUAUGAUAAAUUUGAAAACCAUACUGCUGCAAUGAAAGUUUUAGUAGAGGACAUUAUGUCUCUAGAUAGAGGUGAAGAAUAUGCUGAAAAGCUAGAAAAACCGGAAAUCUGGUCACAACUUGCCGAGGCCCAAUUGAAUGGUUUGAGAAUCCCUGAAUCCAUUGACUCCUAUUUGAAGGCAGAAGAUCCAUCUAAUUAUGCUAAUGUUAUUGAAGUAGCAGAGCACGCAGGCAAAGAAGAGGAGUUAAUUCCAUUUUUAUUAAUGGCUAGAAAAACAUUGAGAGAACCUUUAAUUGAUGGUGCUAUUAUUAAUGCAUACGCAACAUUGAAUAGAUUAUCAGACAUUGAAAAGUUCUUGAAAUUAUCUAACGUCGCAGAUCUGGAUUCAAUUGGUGACAAGUUGUAUCAAAAUGGUAAUUAUGAGGCAGCAAAACUAGUUUUUGAAAGCGUGUCUAACUACUCCAAACUUGCGUCUACUUUGGUUUAUCUAAAGGAUUACACCGCUGCUGUUGAUUGUGCAAGAAAGGCAUCUAAUGUUUCAGUUUGGAAACAGGUUAAUCAAGCUUGUAUUGAAAAUAAAGAAUUCAAGCUAGCUCAAAUGUGUGGCCUGCAUUUAAUUGUACAUGCAGAAGAACUAGAGCCACUAGUUAUCCAAUACGAAUACAAUGGUUACUUUAAUGAGUUGAUUUCAUUAUUUGAAAAUGGUUUAUCUUUGGAAAGAGCUCAUAUGGGUAUGUUCACCGAAUUGGCAAAUCUGUACACUAAAUACCAGCCAGACAAGACAAUGGAACAUCUGAAAUUAUUCUGGUCAAGAAUUAACAUUCCUAAGGUUAUCAGAGCUUGUGAAGAGGCACAUCUUUGGCCUGAAUUAAUUUUCCUUUACUGUCAUUACGAUGAAUGGGACAAUGCGGCAUUGACAAUGAUUGAAAGAUCAGAAUCCGCAUUUGAUCACUCUUCAUUCAAGGAAAUAAUUGUGAAGGUCUCCAACUUAGAAAUUUAUUACAGGGCAAUUAACUUUUACACGAAUAUGCACCCAACAUUAUUAAUUGAUCUCUUGGCUGUAUUAACUCCCAGAUUGGACUUACCAAGAGUCGUUAAAAUUUUCCAAAAAUCUGAUAACUUACCUCUCAUCAAGCCAUUUUUGAUCUCGGUAUUGGAAAAGAACAAUUCCGUUGUCAAUUCCGCUUAUCAUGACUUAUUGAUUGAGGAAGAAGAUUACAAAUCAUUACGUUUGGCUAUUGAAUCAUACGACAAAUUUGACCAUAUCGGUUUAGCUGAAAGGUUGGAGAAACAUGAACUAAUUUUCUUCAGACAGCUUGCUGCCAUUAUAUAUAGAAAGAACAAGAAGUACCACAAGGCUAUUUCCCUACUAAAAUCUGAUGGUUUAUGGUCCGAUGCUAUUGAAACAGCAGCAAUGUCAAAGUCCACUAAGAUUAUUACUGAAUUACUAACUUAUUUUGUUGAAACAGGUAACCGUGAAUGUAUGGUUGCAACCUUGUACAGAUGUUACUCUUAUAUUGAUUAUGACGUCGUUCUUGAACUUUCCUGGCUAAAUAACUUAGAAGAUUUGACUAAACCAUAUCAAAUUUCUGUUGCAAGAGAAAACCAAAAGAAGAUCAAUGAAGUUUACUCCGAUUUGAAGCUGAGACAGGAAAAGGAGAAGACAGAAGAAGAACCUAGUGGUUUGGGACAACCUUUGAUGAUCACUAGCGGUCCAAGCGGCUCAGCACCUUUAAAUGUUAACUCUACAGGCAUGGGUUUUGGUAAUGGAGGAUUUUAG